AUGGUGCCCGCCUACAAAGUGGGCAUGAGGUCGUCCUCGACAGCGUUUCUGUGGCCCACACGGGAAAAGACAGUGACUGGGGUUACUGUCGUGGCCAGUGAUCCCAACCCGCUUGAAGACCCCGAUACCAUCACACUCAGCUGUCCCGCGUCGGGCACUGUUCAGACACGGACAUGGUUCAAGGAUAACCAACCCAUCCAGGAAAACGGCAGAAUAUUUACAUCCCCCGACAAGGCGAAACUGACUAUAAUCAGAGCUAACAGAAACGACGCAGGGACGUACAAGUGCAUCGCCAGCAAUUCAUUCAGCAGUGGCGCUGGAGUGACCAACGUGCAAGUUUACUAUGAAAAUUGUACCUUCCGGGCUGGCGCGAUCGUGGGCAUUAUACUCGGUUUACUUAUCAUGGGCCUGGUGGGAGGAUUCAGUGGAUGGCUGUUCGCAAGAAAAGCUGGCGGUUUAUUCAGCAACAUAUAUCCACCGAAAUCUAAAAAUGGCACGGGCAGAAAUUCCGGAUGGAAAAGCGCCUUCGACACAAAGACCGUAAACUCAUCAGAAUAUUAUGAAAAUGUCCAAAUGGAUGAACAGUCUUUACCCCUUUCCCACUCAUUAGGCCUCACCUCCCAGCCAGUACUCAUUCCCCUGGCCACCAUUCUGUCCAGGCGUCUUCCUGCCUUCUUCCCAGCCCAGUAG